AUGAUUAUUGAUGCAAUUGGUCCUAACUUUGAUCCAUAUUAUGAUGAAAAUGAAGAGGAAAUGCCAAACCCUACAACUCAAAAAUUGUAUGACAUGCUUGAUACAGCAGAAGAACCUUUAUGGUCUGGAUGUGAAUCACACACUCAAUUAUCUGCCGUUGCAAGAUUAUUAACAAUAAAAUCUGAGUUUCACAUAUCAGAGAGGUGUUAUGAUGCUGUAUUGCAAUUUAUGAAAGAAGCAUUGCCAGCUAAUAAUAAGUUGGUUGAUAACUUCUAUAAUACGAAGAAGUUUGUUGCUGGCUUGGGUCUUCCAUGCGAGAAAAUCCAUUGUUGCAUAAAUGGAUGCAUGUUAUAUUGGGGUAAGGAUAGUGACAGAAGAAGUUGCAAGGUUUGUGACCAUCCUCGAUAUAAAAGUGGGAAGAAAGGCAUAGGGAAUCACAAAGAUUAUUCACCAAAUCAAAAGAUGUAUUAUUUUCCUCUGACACCUAGGCUACAAAGAUUGUAUGCUUCAAAGGUGACAGCGAAGGAUAUGAGGUGGCACAAAGAGCAUGAUGAAAAAGAUGGCGUGAUUUGCCAUCCUUCUGAGGCUGAAGCAUGGAAGCAAUUUGAUCUUAUUCAUCCUCUUUUUGCAUCAGAGGCUCGAAAUGUAAGACUUGGGUUAUCUGCUGAUGGGUUUCAACCAUUUGGACAAUCAGGCAAGCAAUAUUCUUGUUGGCCUAUUAUUAUCACACCAUACAAUUUGCCGCCUUGGAUGUGUAUGAAGGACCCUUAUAUGUUUUUAACUGUUAUUGUACCUGGUCCCAAAAAUCCAAAGAAGAAGUUAGAUGUGUACUUGCAACCAUUAAUUGCAGAGUUAAAACAUUUGUGGGAUGUUGGAGUACAGACAUAUGAUGUGUCCAAGAAACAAAAUUUUCAGAUGAGAGCUGCACUCAUGUGGACCAUUAGUGACUUCCCAGCUUUUGCAAUGCUAUCAGGAUGGAGUACAGCAGGCAAAAAAGCUUGUCCAUAUUGUAUGGAUAAAUCAAAGUCUUUUAGCCUUGUUAAUGGUGGUAAGUGGAAUGCUCCUAUUUGUAAGUCAAGUGGAUGGCACAAGCGUAGCAUAUUUUGGGAUUUGCCUUAUUGGACUACUAAUCUCAUCCGCCAUAAUCUCGAUGUCAUGCAUAUUGAAAAAAAUGUUUUUGAAAAUGUGUUUGACACCGUGAUGGAUGUGGAAGGAAAAACCAAAGAUAAUGCAAAAGCAAGAGAGGAUGUGAAAAUAUAUUGCAAGCGUAAAGAAUUGGAGAAAAUGAAGGCGGGAAAUAUCCUAAAAGCUUGUUAUAGCUUAAGUAAGGAGGAAAAAGUUGUUUGUGAAUGGGUAAAGUCAACUUCGGUUUCCGGAUGGGUAGGUUUCAAAUAUGGCAAGGGUGACUCAAUGGAACAUCUUCCAAUUCACUUACCAUAUGAAGCAAAGAUAGCGAGGGGCCAGUCAGAUAUCGAUUGGAUGUACCCAUUUGAGAGGUUCUUGCGCCAUUUAAAGAAGAAAGUAACUAACAAAGCCAAAGUUGAAGGUUUCAAUUUAUGA